AUUUAAAGAAGAGGAUUAUAUUGAACUACGAACAGCAGCAUGUCGCGCAUUGGAUCCAACAUUGUCGGUGCUUUUAAAAGAAAAUAAGAUCUAUGAAGCGGAUUUAGUUUUAAAAUUAGUAAAACUUUUUAUUACAAAUAUUGAUGAUUUAGCUUGUUUAUUAUUAUCCGAACAACAAAUUGAUAAUGUAUCACCAGUUAUUUUAAGUCGUUUAAAACAUAAACUCGAAUGUCGUGGAAAAUUAUUAACACUUGGUUUUACCAAUGAAAAAACUCUCUUAGACAAGAUUACAACAAACUAUUCAACGUUAAAUUCAUUUAAAUCUAUGACAUAUAAACAACUAAGUGAAUAUUGUCGACAAAUAACGCAUGAUAAUCAUGCAGAAAUAUUAAAAAAUUUAUGGAUUAAAGACAACGAUUUGCAUAUGAAAAUUCAGAAAUAUAGUUUACCAUUAGGAAUUGUCGAUCAGUUUCUAAAACAUAAUAUUUGUACAGCUGAUUUAACAGAACAAAAUAUGCAAUUAAUAAUUUCUGAUUUUACUGCCGAAACAAAUGAUAAAGAUGAUAAGGUCUGUCGAAUAAAUCGUUUAAAAAACAAACUUGAAACGUUUGGAAAUUUGACAGUAGGGUAACUACGAUUCUGCUCCUGCUUCGUGAAUUUGG